AUGGCGGCCACGGCCAACGCCUCCUGCCUCCCGGCCUCUCAGCGCCUCCCGGCCAGCCGCGCCGGCGUCCGGACCAGGGCGAGGCCGGCAAUGGCUGCCGUCGGGUGCGCUCCCGGACGCGGCGGGGUUCGCCGGAACAGCGUGUUGCCUCUCCUGUGCCGCUCCUCCGCGGCCGCGGCUGGAACCGGGGGGAGCGGGAGGAUGGAGGACUACAACACCGCCAUGAAGCGUAUGAUGCGGAACCCAUACGAGUACCACCACGACCUUGGUAUGAAUUAUGCUGUCAUAAGCGAUAGCUUGAUUGUUGGCUCGCAACCUCAGAAGCCCGAAGAUAUUGAUCACUUAAAAGAUGAGGAAAACGUAGCCUACAUUCUUUGUCUACAGCAGGACAAGGACAUCGACUAUUGGGGAAUUGAUUUCCAAGCUGUUGUCACUAGGUGCAAAGAACUUGGCAUUCAGCAUAUGAGAAGACCGGCAGUAGACUUCGAUCCAGAUUCAUUGAGGAAACAAUUGCCCAAAGCAGUUUCAGCAUUAGAAUGGGCUAUAUCACAAGGCAAAGGCCGAGUUUAUAUCCAUUGCACUGCUGGACUUGGAAGAGCACCUGCGGUUGCAAUUUGUUACAUGUUCUGGUUCGAGAAUAUGGAUCUUAACACAGCUUAUAACAAGCUAACCUCCAUAAGACCUUGUGGACCCAGUAAGAAAGCUAUCCGUGCUGCUACCUAUGACCUAGCAAAGAGUGAUCCAAAUAAAGAGGCUUUUGAGACCCUGCCAGAGCAUGCUUUCGAGGGAGUAUCAGUUUCGGAGAGGAAGUCAAUACAGGACCAUGUUCGUGCUCUCUACAAGGCAUGAGAAGGAAAAGGAAAAACAUCACGAUAGCUGAACAGGGGACGAGGUAAGGCUGGACUGGAUUGGUACUAGAUGCUGUAGCGAAGAGGUUUGACCCAAGCUAUCAUCAGAAUAAAGCCUAUGUGCGUCUUUGUUGGUUGUUAGAAUAAGGAAAUAAAGAGGCGUGAAGAGAUAGUAGGUACUAUGCAUGAUGAACUUGAUUGCAGGUUACCACUUCUUUUUUGUCAGAGAUCAUAUAAGGGGCUUGACGAUCUAUGUAUUAAUAAACCUGUCAUAUACCUAUCGUUAUAACAUUUCUGAUAUGGGAAUAUCAGUUCGUAUUUA